CCCAGACCUACCUAUCUUUAACGGCUUUGGCUGGCCCCUCUCCCAAAAGAAAGUACCUAGCAGCAUGGCGACGCGGCGCCUCGUCUCGGCGCGGCGGGCGUGGGGCGCGCGGCUGCCUCUCGCGGUCCGCGCCCCGGCCGCGGCGCCGCCGUCGGCGCGGGCCUUGUACACCUCGACGACAGCAGCAGCAGCAGCAGACAGCGAGCGCGUGGAGCUGCCGAUGAGCGAGCGCGUGCUGCUGGACUUCGACCGGCACGGGCCGGGGCCCGGCGGCCGCGACCCGCUGGACGCGCCCGUGCUCUUCCUGCACGGCCUGUUCGGGUCCAAGAAGAACAACCGGACCGUGAGCAGAGCCCUCGCCCAGCGCCUCGGCCGCUACGUCUACACGCUGGACCUGCGUAACCACGGCGACUCCCCGCACGUAUAUCGCCACGACUACCUCGCCAUGGCGGCCGACGUCGCCGGCUUCAUCCGGGACCGCGCGCUGCAGAACUCGAUCCUGAUCGGUCACUCGAUGGGCGCCAAGGCGGCCAUGACGCUGUGCCUCGGCGAGCCGGAGCUGGUGGCGGGCCUGGUGGCGGUGGACAACGCGCCGGUGGACGCGGAGCUGGGGGGCGCGUUCGUGCAGCGCAUCGAGGGGAUGCGGCUGGUCGAGGAGGCGGGGGUGUCGGUGCAGUCGGACGCGGACGCGCUGCUCGCCCCGUUCGAGCCCGACGCGGCCGUGCGCCAGUUCCUCCUCAGCAACCUCCGCCGCCCCUUCAACAACAUCGGAGGCCGCCGCUUCCGCAUCCCCCUCGGCAUCCUCGCCCGCGCCCUCCCCCGCCUCGGCGACUUCCCCUUCAAGGACCCCGCCCUCGCCCGCUUCCCCGGCCCCGCCCUCUUCGUCCGCGGCACCCGCAGCCCCUACGUCCCCGACGACGUCCUCCCCCUCGUCGGCAGCUUCUUCCCCCGCUUCCGCCUCGCCGACAUCGACGCCGGCCACUGGGUCAUCUCCGAGAAGCCCGAGGAGUUCCUCCGAGGUUAGUCGCCGCCCGAUCACACCUCCCAUGUUUUGUAUUGCUUGCUUCCCCUCCCCGCAGGAUCGAAAAUGCUCACCCAAAGGUCAUGCGCAGUGGUUGUCGAAUUCCUCAAGUCGGAAGAGGAAGACGGAGCUUUUUCGUCGUAUCCUUCUGGUCAGCCGGUGGUAGGUAGCACGGUGCAUUAAGGGUAUAAUAUCGUCUAGAGGAGAAACCACACUAUGUACAAUGGCACACCGCAGCAGCGGCGAAAGAAAAAAAGGACCCAGCGGUGAUCUACUUGCUCGAGAAAAAUAUCCCCCCCCCCCUUCCCUUAGAAGAAA